UUUAUGUGUCUAGCACCACCUAUAAUGAUCAUUUUACAUCUAUUAAUUAGUUAAUAAUAUUUAAUAAUAAUUAUUAAAUUAAAUUACAGAGAAUUCUACACUUAUUAAUUACAAACUAUUGAAAGAUAAGGUGUCAGCAUUUCUCAUAUAUUUACUCUCUCUCUCCUGUUCUCUCUCUUACCCUCUUUCUUGGACUAAACGACUCCCCAACCGACCAUUCCCUUAUCAAAUAUCCCCUCAUCACUUCAUAACCCCAUUGCUCAAAUAAUACAAAUACAAAUCUCUUCUCAACUCUCUCUCUCACACACACAUAAACAAACAGUAAUUAUACUAAUCAAUAUCAACAUGAUGUUCACCAUUGCUGAUAUGGAUCAAAAUAACCAGAUGUUUCAUCAAUUCCCCACCACACUAACCGAUGAAAUUGACAAAAGAUGGAAACCCAGUAUCGAAAUCGCUCCCAAUUGCCCUCGAUGUGCUUCUUCCAACACCAAAUUCUGCUACUACAACAACUACAGUCUCUCUCAGCCUCGUUACUUCUGUAAAGGUUGCCGACGUUACUGGACCAAAGGAGGCUCCUUAAGAAACGUCCCCGUCGGCGGAGGUUACCGGAAAAACCGUCGCUCUAAGUCCUCUAAUAAGAUUAAUCACGGAAGGAAGAGUAAUAAUUAUUCUCCAGACUCCACUGAGCUCUCCGAAAGCUCUAAUGGCGACUCGAGUUCGGGUUCGGGUUCGGAUAUCGACUUGGCAGCUGUAUUUGCUAACUUCUUGAACCAAAAUCCGGAGUCCAGUUCUAAUAAAGCAGCAGCAGCAGCAGUUGAUUCAAGCAUUUCAUCAAACAAUUGUAACCCACGAAAAGAGGGAUCAUCACCAUCAAUCAUCACUGACCAAACGCUGCAGAUUCAACAGUGCCUUGUUCUUGAAGAAACCGAACUAGUCGAAGAAUUACUAUUAGAUCCGGAAUGUAAUCAAUUCGGGUUUCAAAAUUUGGUUGGGAAUGAUGAAGAUGUUCAAGUUAAUGGAGAGGAUAUUUUUUGGUCGAAUUCUACGGCGGCGGUUGCGGCGGCGGUUGCGGCGGCGGAGACCAUGCCAAGCUAUAAUAAUAAUAAUAAUAAUAAUAAUAAUAAUAAUAAUAAUAUUCAAGAGCUGGAAAGUUUUCCAUCAACAAAUCUAGUAAAUGAUAUAUGGAAUUCCUUCGAUUUUUCCGGGUUUGAGAUUUUCUCAAGAUCCUAAUUAUAUAUAUUAAAUGGCAUCAUGAUUAUUUAUUCAUCUGAUUUGCCUAUAUAUUCU